CUCAUCCCCCGCCCAGCGCCAGCCGCCAGCAGCCUAGCGCGCGCUCCGCCGCUCACUGGACUGGUAGUACUGGCGCCGCGCCUUCGCCUACCUCGCGCCGGCGAGGAAAGGUGUCCUCCGUUCAUGGUUCCCGACGCCGUGGUUGGGACGACAUGCCGCCCCUCGCGUUCAUCCGCUCCCUCCCCGCGAGGCUGCUCGAGCGAGUGUGCGAUGGAGUCCGGGGGAGCCCGGCCGCGGUGCGGGACGAGGAGUCCGGGGGCAGCGGCCGGUCGGCGGCGGCGGCGGGGCACCCGGCGGGAGAGUGCUACGCGUGCACGCAGCCGGGGGUGCCGGCGUUCCACUCCACGACCUGCGACCAGGUGCACGAGCCCGGCUGGGACGCCGACGCGGGGUCCUCGCUAGUGCCGGUCCAGGCGCAGCAGCAGGCCCCGCCGGCGCCGGCGUCGGCGGCGCAGCACGCGGGCGCCGCGGCGCGGUGGCUGUUCGGCCCCGUGCUGGACCCGCGGAGCAAGCGCGUGCGGCGCUGGAACCGGUGGAUCCUGCUGGGCCGGGCCGCCGCGCUGGCGGUGGACCCGCUCUUCUUCUACGCGCUCUCCAUCGGCCGCGCCGGCCAGCCCUGCCUCUACAUUGACGCCGGCCUCGCCGCCGCGGUCACCGCGCUCCGGACCUGCGCCGACGCCGGGCACCUCGCGCACGUCCUGCUCCAGUUCCGCCUCGCCUACGUCUCCCGCGAGUCCCUCGUCGUCGGCUGCGGCAAGCUCGUCUGGGACGCCCGCGCCAUCGCCGCGCACUACGCCCGCUCCGCCAAGGGCCUCUGGUUCGACCUCUUCGUCAUCCUCCCCAUCCCGCAGGUCAUUUUCUGGCUGGUUAUACCGAAGUUAAUAAGGGAAGAGCAAGUUAAACUUAUCAUGACAAUAUUGCUGCUCAUGUUCAUAUUUCAAUUCCUCCCCAAGGUGUACCACAGUAUUCAUAUCAUGAGGAAAAUGCAGAAGGUGACUGGUUACAUCUUUGGAACAAUAUGGUGGGGAUUUGGUCUAAAUCUAUUUGCCUAUUUCAUUGCGUCUCAUAUCGCAGGUGGUUGUUGGUACGUUCUUGCAAUUCAGCGUAUUGCCUCCUGCCUUCAGGAAGAAUGCAAGAAAAACAACAGCUGCGAUCUAAUAUCGCUUGCUUGUUCAAACGAGAUAUGUUUUCACCCUCCUUGGUCAUCAAAUAUUAAUGGAUUCGCAUGUGACACAAACAUGACCUCCUUCGGUCAACAAAACAUGUCUACCUGUCUAAGUGGAAAUGGGUCCUUUGCUUAUGGUAUCUAUUUGGGGGCUCUUCCUGUUAUAUCAAGCAAUUCGCUUGCUGUCAAAAUACUCUAUCCUAUAUUUUGGGGCCUCAUGACUCUCAGUACUUUCGGUAACGAUCUUGCCCCUACGAGCAAUGGUCUCGAGGUGAUAUUCAGCAUAAUAAAUGUCCUCAGUGGCUUGAUGCUCUUCACACUGCUGAUCGGAAACAUACAGGUAUUUCUACAUGCCGUCCUGGCAAGGAAGCGGAAGAUGCAGCUGCGUUUCCGGGACAUGGAAUGGUGGAUGAGACGGAGGCAACUGCCGUCCCGCCUGAGGCAGAGGGUCCGCAAGUUCGAGCGCGAGCGCUGGGCGGCCGUCACGGGAGACGAGGAGAUGGAGAUGAUCAAGGACCUGCCUGAAGGACUCAGGCGAGACAUCAAGCGCUACCUCUGCCUCGAGCUGGUUAAGCAGGUUCCGCUGUUCCAUGGCAUGGACGACCUGAUCCUGGACAACAUCUGCGACCGGCUGCGGCCGCUGGUGUUCUCCAGCGGCGAGAAGGUGAUCCGCGAGGGCGACCCGGUGCAGCGCAUGGUGUUCAUCCUGGAGGGCAAGCUCCGGAGCACGCAGCCGCUGACCAAGGGUGUGGUGGCGACGUGCAUGCUGGGCGCGGGCAACUUCCUGGGCGACGAGCUGCUGUCGUGGUGCCUGCGCCGCCCCUUCGUGGACCGGCUGCCGGCCUCGUCGGCGACGUUCGAGUGCGUCGAGGCGGCGCAGGCGUUCUGCCUCGACGCGCCGGACCUGCGCUUCAUCACCGAGCACUUCCGGUACAAGUUCGCCAACGAGAAGCUCAAGCACACGGCGCGCUACUACUCGUCCAACUGGCGGACCUGGGCCGCCGUCAACAUCCAGCUCGCGUGGCGCCGGUACAGGGCCAGGAAGGUGGACGCGACCGCGAUGGCGCCGCCGCCGUUGGCCACCGGUCCCGACGACGGGGACCGGCGGCUCAGGCACUACGCGGCCAUGUUCAUGUCGCUCCGGCCGCACGAUCACCUCGAGUAAGAAGGAUGGAGGGAGGGAGGGACCAUCCUAAUUCCUAUUCCUAGCUCUGCCGGGCCCGUGAUGGCUGUAAUGUGUACUGUACACUGUACUAUACGUCAUCUUCUGGUAAAGUGAAUUAGUGAUUCGGGUUCGUCAUUUGAAGAAGAUGAAUAAUGGAGAAGUAUUUUCUUAGUUCGUUCUGAUUCA